AUGGGAAACUCGCAUGCUAAAAAGCGUGACACUCCCUCACCGGUGGUAACCAGAAACUUGUCACCAUCACCACGACCGUCCUCGCCACCUGAAUCAUCUAGAAGACCACCGCGAGAACCACCACCUGUGUCCUUUAAGAAGCAACACCAUGGUUCGGGGAAACUAUCUGUGAAAGAGAAAUACGCUCUGAUUCCCGAUAACUUCACUUCGCUUAAACAGGUUACAACUGCGUUGAGGAACGAAGGUUUAGAAUCAUCAAAUCUUGUCCUUGGAGUUGAUUUUACCAAAAGCAAUGAAUGGACUGGAAGUAUCUCAUUCAACAAUAAAAGCCUACAUGCUAUUGGAAAUACACCUAACCCCUAUGAGAAAGCCAUCACUAUUAUUGGCAAGACUCUGGCUCCCUUUGAUGAUGACAACUUGAUUCCUUGCUUUGGCUUUGGUGAUGCCACCACUCAUGAUCAAGAAGUUUUUAGCUUUCACAGUGACCAUUCAUCUUGCCAUGGUUUUGAGGAAGUUUUGACUUGCUAUCAAAAAAUUGUUCCGAACUUAAGACUUUCAGGACCAACUUCAUACGCUCCCGUGAUUGAGGCUGCAAUAGACAUAGUUGAGCAAAGUCAUGGCCAAUUCCAUGCGUUAGUUAUUGUUGCAGAUGGCCAGGUUACAACUAGUGCUGCCUCUGAAGAUGGAGAACUAAGUCCACAGGAAGCAAGGACCAUCAAAGCAAUAGCUGAUGCAAGUUCAUAUCCCCUCUCUAUUAUUCUGGUUGGAGUUGGUGAUGGACCUUGGGAUGACAUGAAGAAGUUUGAUGACAAGAUACCAGCUCGCGACUUUGACAAUUUUCAGUUUGUUAACUUCACUGACAUAAUGUCUAAGAAAUCAAGCUCGUCUGAAAAAGAAGCUGCUUUUGCUCUGGCUGCACUAAUGGAGAUACCGUUUCAAUAUAAAGCAGCCAUCGAACUAGGGCUGCUUGGUCGAGUAACAGGAAGGUCAAAUAAAAUUGUUCCAAGACCUCCUCCAGUUCCAUAUUCUAGGCUUGUGCCUCCAGCUCGUGCUCUCAGCAAUAUGCCAACUUUCAUGGAUGAUGAGAGAAAUCAAAUGGCAUGUGCUAUUUGUCUGACCAGUAGAAAGGAUUUGGCCUUUGGAUGUGGUCACAUGACUUGUAGAGACUGUGGAUCCAGGGAUGGUUUAGGUGUUAAGAAAAUUGUGCAUGAAUGUAUGCCUGCUUAUGGGGCAUCAUUGGACCUAAAUGGGCUUCUUGGGAUGCUUGGUUUGGGAGAAAAGGGAGCAUCCAUUUCUGAAGAUACCACAAAAACUUGGCUUCAGAUACUGUUGCUGACACUUGCGAUUGGAAUCUGGUUUCUGUUGUAUCAGUUGGCAGAGGACAGAGAAAGCAAUGACAACGUCAAAGAGGUUGAUGAGUUGGGGGAGAUGGAUCACCCCAAUCAUGAAUUCGACCAUUUUUUUGAGCCCCAUCAGAGAGAGCAGGAGCACCCCAAUGGUGAGCUGGACCAUUAUUUUCAUGAGGAAGAUCGUCACCGGGCCACCGCGCCCGGUGGCAAUGAUGGGAGGAUACACGGUGGUUGUGCCCUCUGUGGAAAUUUCAGCACCACAAGGUGCUCUCGCUGCAAGGCUGCUAGAUAUUGCUCAAUGAAAUGCCAAAUUAUAGAUUGGAGAUGGAGGCAUAAAUAUGAAUGUUGUGAAUCAGAGAUUGCAGCAGAUGAAGGAACCUCAAAGCUUCUCCACAAUUCUGAAAUAGAGAGUGCCUCUAAUGCGUCCCAUGUUGAUGAUGGAGUGGCGUGGAGUUCAGAAUCAGACAGGGGAGUGGAAGCAUCCAGUGGAAAUGAUGUUAACAAUUUCCAUGGUUGUGAAGUAUGUGGUUGCCCAAGUACCACAAGAUGUUCACGCUGCAAAGCUGUCAAAUACUGCUCAGUAAAGUGCUUAAUUAUGGACUGGAAAUGGCAUAAAGAGCAAUGCAUUACAAGUGUGGAUUCAGCUCCAAUAGAAAGAUCCUACACAGAUGUUGGAAUGCUCAAGAAUUCAUUGGAAGAGGAAGAUAAUAUUCAUUCUUCUGGUCCCCUUUCUUUGGAGUUUCAUCCAGCUGGAAGAACAAGAUCCAAGUCUCCAAUUAAAGUUUCACAGGUACUAUUGACAUAG